CCGAAUAAUUCUUUCGGAUCUUUCUAUUCCACCCGCCACCACCAAACGCCAUCGCCUCUUUCAUUUUUUUCCCUCCGGCUUCAUAUAACUCGGCGGAACACAUAACCCUUACAGACUAGAUCGGUUCGUCUCAUCUUAACCUAUUUUUUAUUCUUCGAUUCUGAUUUGUAAAGAUUAAUGGCCGCAGCCGUGGAGAUCGAUGUUGAAGAGCUCGUCUGCCAAACCAGAGAUCUCUUUACCCGAGAUCAGAGAAAUAACAAGAGCACUGAUGCGGAGGUUCUUCACGUUGGACACGAGAGUGAUCAUCAUGGGAUGUGUGCAAUUUGCUUGAAUAAGAUUGCGCUACAGGAGACUGCUCUUGUGAAAGGUUGCGAGCAUGCGUAUUGUGUGACUUGCAUUCUUCGUUGGGCAGCUCACAAGAAAGAUGCCACAUGCCCCCAGUGUAAGCAUCCAUUCGAGUUUCUGAACAUCCACCGUGCUCUUGAUGGAAGCAUACACGACUACAUGUUUGAAGAGAGCGUGUGCCUUCUUUUAAGAGCAACGUGGUUUCGUCCUUUGGCAGGGGACGAAAAACCAGAGAUUGAUGAUUACACGGAUGACUUCUACCUGUACGAUGAAUAUGAAGAGGAAGAUGAUCUUGAUGAGGCUUACUUAUGCAGCUCAUCUGGCGUUCGGUUAGGCAACAGGAGAUGGGGAGACAAUGGGUUUGUAAGGGCUGGCAGGCAAGAGGCCAGGCCCGCCAACCGACCCAACUACCGAGACUCGGAUGCUGGCCCAUCACGUCUGGCACAGAAGAAGGAGCCCAGCGAUGAUGGCCCAUCACGUCUGGCCCAGAAAAAGGAGCCCAGUGAUGAGUUGGUGGGGCGGCGGGCUAAAAGGGCCAUGAAGCGGGAAGCUGCAGAAAAGGCUGCUGCUGCUAAGCACCAGAAGCAUUUGGCGAGGUUGGGCCGCGACAAGUGACCCCACCCCACCCCACCCCCUCUUGCACAGCCCAUUGUUGCCUGACCUCAUUGUGAAAAUGAUGACAUCACAGUUUGUUUUUAGGUGUUCGUUUUAGGGAUGGAUGAACAUGAUCAAACUCUGUUCAUACAAUGCUGGGUACAUUCUUAGGGUUAAUAUCAUCAGAUUAUUACUGUGUUAGUUUCUUUUUAUCUUGUGUUUUCAUCGUUACGUUCUUGCUGUUGAUAUAUGAUGAUUCAUGAAAUAAAAAUGGCAAUAUGGU